AUGGCAGCAGAUUGUGUAGUGCGAUUUGGGAUAAUUGGAUGCACCAGGCUAGCGAAGAGUAAUCAGAGCCAUACUGUUAUCCCCUGCCACCAAUCUUUACGCCAUUUCCAGUGCUUCCCCCUGAAGAAACCAAGCAGAUUGCUGUGGCAAACGAGUUACCGGAGGCGGUCAGGAUACGCAGCAGCCAUGAAGAAGUGGUCGACGAUCUGGCUGUGGAUAAUAUGGUCUACGUGCCAGUGCCGUGGGGCAGCACUUGCCGGAGCGGGUGGUUGUCUCGGAGAAGCCUGGCGCCGUUGA